UCCCGGCCUCUCACUCUGUGUGUGUCCUCUCCUCAGAUGAUGGGGAACAGCUGUGAUCGAGAAGUGUCUUCGGAGAGAUCUCCGAGGAGGAGGAGCAUCUCUGGUCUGGGGAGUUCAGAGAAGAGCGUCGCCGUCGACAACCCAAACUCGUCACCUUUCAAAGUGCCGGGCUUCUUCAGUAAACGUCUAAAAGGCUCCAUCAAGAGGACCAAGAGUCAGACCAAACUAGACCGAAACACCAGCUUCAGACUCCCCUCGCUGAGGCCGGCCGACCCCGACAGAUCUCGCGGGCUGCCCAAGCUGAAGGAGUCGAGCUCCCAUGAGUCUUUGCUGAGCCCCGGCAGCGCGGUGGAGGCUCUGGACCUCAGCAUGGAGGAGGAGGUGUUCGUCAAACCUCUGCACAGCAGCAUCCUGGGACAGGAGUUCUGCUUCGAGGUGACAUACUCAGGCGGCAGCAAGUGUUUCAGCUGCACUUCGGCGUCAGAGAGAGACAAGUGGAUGGAGAACCUGAGGAGGACCAUUCAGCCCAACAAGGACAACUGUCGUCGGGCGGAGAACCUGCUGCGUCUGUGGAUCAUCGAAGCAAAGGACCUGCCGCCCAAGAAGAAGUACUUCUGCGAGCUGUGUCUGGACGACGUGCUGUACGCGCGCACCACCAGCAAGCCGCGCCACGACAGCCUGUUCUGGGGCGAGCACUUUGACUUCUGCGGCCUGCCGGCCGUGCACAGCGUCACCGUGCACAUCUACCGCGACGUGGACAAGAAGAAGAAGAAGGACAAGAACAACUACGUCGGCCUGGUGAACAUCCCCGUGGCCGGCGUGGCCGGCCGGCAGUUCGUGGAGAAGUGGUACCCGGUCAGCACGCCGACGCCGAGCAAGGCGAAGGGAGGAGGCCCCUCGAUCCGCAUCAAGUCCCGCUUCCAGACCAUCUCCAUCCUGCCCAUGGAGCAGUACAAGGAGUUCGCCGAGUUCGUCACCAACAACUACGGCAUGCUGUGCUCGGUGCUGGAGCCCGUCAUCAGCGUGCGCAACAAGGAGGAGAUGGCGUGCGCUCUGGUGCACAUCCUGCAGAGCACCGGGAGGGCAAAGGACUUCCUGACAGACCUGGUGAUGUCGGAGGUGGACCGCUGUGCCGACCAUGACGUGCUGAUCUUCAGGGAGAACACGCUGGCCACCAAAGCCAUCGAGGAAUAUCUGAAGCUGGUGGGACAGAAGUACCUGCACGAUGCACUCGGGGAGUUUAUCAAAGCUCUGUAUGAGUCAGAUGAGAACUGUGAGGUUGAUCCGAGUCGCUGCUCCAGCGGAGAACUGGCUGAACACCAGAGCAACCUGAAGAUGUGUUGCGAGCUCGCCUUCUGCAAGAUCAUCAACUCCUACUGGUUCGGGAACAAAGAGGAGUACAUGGCGUUCAUGAACGACUUCCUGGAGCACGAGUGGGCGGGGAUGAUGCGUUUCCUGUCUGAGAUCUCCAACCCGGAGACGCUGUCCAGCACGCCAGGCUACGAGGGCUACAUCGACCUGGGCCGCGAGCUCUCGGUGCUGCACGCACAGCUCUGGGAGGUGGUCUCGCAGCUCGACAAGGGUGAAAAUUCCUUCCUGCAGGCCACCGUAGCGAAGCUGGGCCCGCUGCCGAGGAUUCUGGGAGAUAUCUCUCGCUGCCUGGCCGCCCCGACGCCCGUCCAGCAGCAGCUGAGACGUUUCCAGGAGCACAACUCUGCGCACAACAUCAGCGGCAGCCUGUCGUCAGGGUUACAGCGCAUCUUCGAGGACCCCGCCGACAGCCGCAGUGAUGCCCGCAGCCUGCAGUCUCCGCUCGGUGACGGGAUGGAGGGUUACGUGCGUGGGCAGCGCCCCCCGCUGGCCCCCCAGCACCCCUCGGCCCACGCCAGCUUCUCCGACCCCGAGGACCGGGACGUCCCGCUGCCCAACGGGCGCAGUGUCUCUCUGGUGGACCUGCAGGACGUCCAGCAGAGCCUGGGGGGGGGAACGCCACCGCCGCCACCGCCACACCACGAGGCCCCGCCACGCCUCAGCAGGGUCGGCUCGCAGGCCUCCAUCGGGCACGCCGCGCUGCCGUUACCGCUACCGCUCAACUACGGUAACCCGCUCACGCCACAGCCACACCACGCCAAAUCCUCGCCGCGGGACGGCCAGCCACAGAGCGCGCCGCAGGUGAGGCGUCCGCUGGCCCCGUCUCUCAGCCAGCAGCGCAGCCUGCAGCCACUCUCCUUCCAGAACCCCGUGUACCACCUGAGCAACCCGGGCACACGCUCCGCCCACUCUCUCUCGCCGCGCCACCACCACGCCGACUCGAGCUCGGAGAACCUGAGCACGGAGAGCUCGCACAACAGCCACAGCACGUCGGACGACCUCGGCAGCCAGGUGGGGGCCCACAGCCUGGACGAAUCGGCCGGCCGGCGGAGCGCGCACAGCGAGGACUGCUCCACGCCGCGCCACCGCCACGCCGCGCCGCCGCCGCCACACGACCUACCGUCCACGGCGGUCGCCACGGCGAUCGCGAUCCCCCGCCAGAGCACGACGGCGGGAACAGCACACAUCGUGAAGGUGGAGCAGCAGAGCCGAGGAGGGGGCUUGGCCGGGGCCAGGACCCCGCGCUCUCUCCCUCUCAGCGCCUCGCUACGCAGCAGCGCCAACACCGAGCCCGCGCCCACGCCAGGCCACGCCAGCCGCCAACAGCACGUCGGACUCGUGGAGAACGCGGCUCCGCCUCCGAGGAGCGCCGCCAAGACGCCGCAGCAGGUGGCGUCUCCGGUGGAGGCGGCGGCGGUCGUCGUGGCGAUGUCUCCGGUGGAGCGGACGGCAGCCUGGGUGCUGAACAACGGCCAGUACGAAGAGGAGGAGGAGGAGGAGGAGGAGGAGGAGGAAGAGGAGGAGGAGGGAGAGAGGAGCAGGGAGGAGGGCAGGAACACUGAGAAGUAUGAGCUGGAGAUCUCGCGGCUCAAGGAGCGCUUGCGUUCGUCCGGGCGGCGUCUGGAGGAGUACGAGCGGCGCCUGGCGGCCCAGGAGCAGCAGAUGGAGAAGCUGCUGCUGGAGUACAAGCACCGCCUGGAGGACAGCGAGGAGAGGCUGCGGAGGCAGCAGGAGGAGAAGGACAGCCAGAUGAAGAGCAUCAUCUGCAGGCUGAUGGCGGUGGAGGACGAGUUAAAGCGGGACCACGCUGAGAUGCAGGCGGUGAUCGAAGCCAAACAGAAGAUCAUCGACACUCAGGAGAGGCGGAUCGUCUCCCUGGACGCGGCGAACUCGCGGCUGAUGGCGGCGCUGACUCAGGUGAAGGAGCGCUACAGCGCGCCCAACCUCCGCAACGGCCUGUCACCCAGCAACCCCACCAAACUGUCCAUCACUGAGAACGGAGAGUUCAAGAACAGCAGCUGCUGAUUGGCCGCCAGGACGGCGAGAGGCGGGGCUUAAACUCUUAAAAGCUGCAGAGACAGAAUGUAUAAAUACGAGUGUAAAUACUGAAGGUUUGAUCUGGUGUGUGUGUGUGUGUGUGUGUGUGUGUGUGUGUGUGUGUGUGUGUGUGUGUGUGUGUGUGUG